AUGCUACGAUUUAAAGCUAGGGUGAGAACAUUUGCCACAUCACUGGCUGUGCUUGAGAAGAAAAGUUUUUCAAAAACACUCCUACUUCCGAAAACAGAUUUUGGUCCAAAAAUUCCGAGAGGAGAUAUACGAGAAGCGUUGAUCAAACAACUGUCUCAAGAUAUCUACAAAUGGCAGAAAGAAAACAAAGCUAAUAAAGGUGAGUUUGUUUUGCACGAUGGUCCACCUUAUGCUAAUGGUGAUUUGCAUUUGGGACACGCCUUGAACAAAAUCACUAAAGAUAUUAUCAAUCGUUUUGAGUUGCUUUUCCACGAUCGAUUAAUCAAGUACAUACCAGGUUGGGAUUGCCAUGGAUUACCCAUUGAAAUGAAAGUGGAGACAUUGGGUAAAAAAUAUGAAUCGGCUAUAGAAAUCAGAAAGGCAUGCAGAGAGUGGGCCAACACGAUGAUAAACAAGCAAAGGGAACUGUUCAAAGAAUACGCCAUUAUGACAGACUUUGACAAACCUUACAUCACUAUGAAUCAUGACUAUGAAAUAAAUCAGCUAAAAGUAUUUUCUAAGCUUAUUGAGAAUGGUUUGUUAUCACAACAACUCAAGCCUGUAUGGUGGGGAUGUGACACGCAAACCGCUUUGGCAGAAGCUGAAUUGGAGUAUAAUGAGAAACACCGAUCAGUUGCCGUACAUGUAAAAUUUCCGGUUGUAAGUGAGAAUCUUUAUAAAUAUAUCGAACUGAAGGGUCACACUGUUGGAUUUGGAAAAUUAAAACUCUUGAUUUGGACAUCCACCCCAUGGACGAUACCAUUGAAUAGAGCAAUUUGCGUAAACAAUAAUAUGAUAUACACAUUAAUACAAAAUGAGUCCGAAGCUUUGGUGGUAGCUAAAAGUUUAGUUGAACAAGUCUUGAAGAUUGAUCCGAACUACAAAAUUGCGAAUAUUGAUAUUCCGGGUUCAGUGUUAACAGGCACUUUUUACACUAACCCUGCUUCAAAUAGCUCAGAAGAAUACCCAGUCUUGCAUGGUGACCAUGUGAUCGAAACUGCGGGUACAGGCUUGGUUCAUAAUGCUCCAGCUCAUGGCCGAGAAGAUUAUAUUGUUGGAAGAAAACAUGGGUUGAGCGUAGAAUCAGCAGUUGACAAUAAUGGUAAAUAUAUUGCAAAAUAUUUACCACCAGGCUUUCAAAAAUUAGGCGAUGCAAAGGUGACAGACGUCAAGACCAACGUAAUAUGUGCCAAUAUAUUGAAUGAAAAUGGUAUGCUUUUCCAUCUUGAUAAGAAAUUUGUUCAUUCGUACCCCUAUGAUUGGAGGUCUAAAACACCAGUGAUUCAACGUGCAACUCCGCAGUGGUUUGUCAACGUUGAGAAAAUCAAACCAUAUGCCAAAGAAGCACUCUCUAAGGUUGAGUUUUACCCGCAAUCAGGGAGUAAUAGAUUAACACUGUUUGUUGAAAAUAGAAGCGAAUGGUGCAUUUCCCGACAGCGAGUUUGGGGUGUGCCGCUUCCAAUUGUUUAUGAGCAAGCUAGCGGUGAAGCAGUUUUAGAUUUGAAAUUGAUUAAUUAUAUUAUUGAGAAAAUAGACGAAUUUGGAACUGACGAAUGGUUCGUUGAAGAAACAGAUAUUUCCAGGUGGCUCCCAGAUGAGAUGGAUGGUCUGAAGUAUUUUAAAGGAAAAGACACUAUGGAUGUAUGGUUUGAUUCAGGAACUUCUUGGAGCACUUUGAAGUCAUCGCUCCAAGAAUGUGCCACCAUUAGCGAACCACUAGCAGACAUUUAUUUGGAGGGGAGCGAUCAACAUAGAGGGUGGUUUCAAUCCUCCUUGUUGAACAAGAUCAUUUAUUCGGGAUCUAAUGGAACUUCGUUUCAGCCAGUGGCACCGUUCAAGAAAGUAAUCACACAUGGGUUUAUAACUGAUGGCAAAGGUCAAAAAAUGUCAAAGUCCUUGGGCAAUGUUUUCUCGCCACGAGAAGCAAUUGAAGGAUGUAAAAAGCCUUUAACGCCGUAUCUUGGCACAGACGGUUUACGAUUGUGGGUUGCUUCUUCAAAUUAUAAACAAGACGUCAGUUUUAGUCCUGAAGUUCUUACUCGAGUAUCUGAAGUUGCUAAGAAGUACAGGGUCACCUUUAAGUACUUGUUGGGUAAUUUGCAUGACUUCGAGGUUCCUGUUGAAUAUGACCAAAUGAAUGCAUUGGAUAAAUAUAUUUUACAUACAUUAUUCAAGUUGCAACAGGCGUGUCUUGACUUUUACCACGAUUUUAACUUUUCACGUGUGGUAAGCUCCAUAAACACGCAUGUAAACUCGAUUUCUAGUGCUAUAUACUUUGAUGUGUCCAAAGACUGUUUGUAUACCGAUUCAGCUGAUUCAGUUAGAAGAAGAUCUAUACAGACUGUGCUUAAUGAAAUGAUGAAGACAUAUUUGGGGUUAUUGGCACCAAUACAACCUCUUUUAACCCAAGAGGUUUGGUCAGAGUAUGUCAAAUUCGCUAAUUUAAAGGAGGAUUCUGUGUUUAAAGUGGAUAGCGAGUUUUUCAAGUUAGGCGUGAAGUAUGAGAAUGAAGCCGUGGAAAAAUCCUUUAAUGAAUUUUUAGAAUUGAGAGACGAUAUAUUUAGAAGCAUCGAGAGUUUAAAGCAACAGAAAUUUUUCAAAAACAAGUUGGAGCUUGAGGUAUUAUUGUCUGUCAAAGAAGGUACACAUAUAUGUCUGUUUUUGAGAGAAAACUCGUCAUACCUCGAUGACUUAUUUUUGGUUUCCAGUGUGAAAUUAGUUGAUGGUGAUUUGGAUUACACAUACAGAGUAAAUGGUGAACCUGUUCUGAUAAGAAUUCAGCACUCAUCAAAAUGCAAGUGUCCCAGAUGUUGGAAGUAUACUUCAGAGUCUCCAGAAAUUUUAUGUGAGAAAUGUGACAAAGUUGUAGAAACAUUGAACUAG